CCUGCUGUUUUUUUUGCUGGAUAAGUAUGUUGUUGUAAAAAGUAUAUUUUUGCAAUUCUUAAUAUUUCUUAUCUUAUUAUACAUACUUUGUUGAAUCUUCAGUGAUUCUACAUAGCAGACCAGAUUAUAUAUUGCAAUUACCAUUCCCUACUUAUUUACGAUUGCACUAAUAUAAUCAAGCAAUCAAUCUUAGCAUUUAUCCAAGUAGCAUACACCACGCAAAGCCGAUAUCUGACUGAAGUCCUAUAUCUCCCAUCCAUCAUCAAUUUUCACUUCUCGUGUACAGAUACAACUUACUACUUACUGAGACCAUGGAGGGCAUUGGGAAGGCUUAUCUGGACUACAACGCCACCACCCCGCUAGACCCCUUGGUUAUUGGGGUCAUCACGGAGUCGCUAAAGUGCGAGUGGGGGAAUCCCAGUUCCGCACACUCACUGGGGAAACUUGCAUCCGACAGGAUCGGGCGGAGCAGGGAGCAAGUUGCGGCCAUGAUCAACGCUCAUGCAAAUGACAUCGUUUUCAUGUCCGGAGGAACAGAGGCAAACAUUGUCGCAUUACAAUCUGGACUGAAUUCCAUAACUAAGCCAAAUUCCAAGGAAUGCAAUAUUGUCCUACCUCAUGUCAUCACUUCUAACGUGGAGCAUGAUUCAGUCAAAAAUUAUCUCUCUGUUCAGCAAGAUUGUGGAAAAAUCGAUCUUUCAUUCGCCCAAGUGGAUAAAGCUUCCGGUCAACUUAGACCAGAAUCCGUGUUGAGCCUGGUGAACAAUCGGACGUGCUUGAUAUCAGUAAUGCAUGCGAAUAAUGAAACCGGCGUUUUGAUGCCUAUCAUGGAAAUUGGGCAGGCUUUGAAAGCGUUAAAUGUUUCUCGGAGUCAAAAUAAUCUGCCUAAAAUUUACUUUCAUACGGAUUCAGCACAGUCUCUGGGAAAAGUGAAAGUUGACGUUAAGCAAUUAGAAGUCGACUAUUUGACCAUUGUUGGACACAAGUUUUAUGGUCCACGCAUCGGUGCUCUAUUUGUAAAAGACCUACUCACCCAGACGCCUUUAGUUCCUCUACUGCAAGGCGGAGGGCAAGAACGUGGCUUUCGGUCCGGAACUGAAAAUACUCCAAUGAUUGCAGGCCUGGGUCAAGCAGCCGAGUUGGUGGUUCAAAAUCUUGACAAGUACAUGGAACACAUGACGAGAUGUCGUAACGCCUUGAUUUCAAACUUAAAGGACCAAAUUCAUGACAUCCGAAUAAAUUUUGUGGUUGACCCCCGACUUCCAAAUACUGUCAGCCUCCAGGUCCCUCAAAACGUGACUGCUCAGAAGGUCUUAGAAAAUUGUAAUGGUAAAAUAUUUGCCAGUUUGGGAGCUGCUUGUCAUUCAAACAGCCAAAAACCAUCGAGCAUUUUGAUGGCGUCAGGACUUUCACCAGAAGAGGCUGGUAGAACAAUCAGAAUAAGCAUAGGCCGAACCACACCCGACAGCGAGAUUGAAUUUGCAGUUAAAGUCCUCACUGAAGCCUGCAAGAGAGCUUGAAUUUAAUCUCUGUUUUCAAAAUUUGAAAAUAAUCUCAACCAAAAUUCCAAAAUCUCAAUAAUAUGAAUAUGAAUACAAGAAUUCCAACUUUAGUACGUACAUUAUACCUACCGAAGAAAUAUGUGCAUGCUACUGUAUAUAGUAUAUAUUUUCUUGGCAAUAAAAUUAUCAAAAAUUGUUCAAAAUGA